CAGUUGCUGCGGCGAGCGUUUGUCGUGGGCGUGGCGAGAGGGUGAUGGUGCACAUGACCGACGAUGCUGCCGCUGAGGGCGAAGGGGACAAGCCGCAGUUCGUGCCGUCGAAAGAGAUGACUACUAGCACCAAGGAGAUCCUACCUCCCCCGGACAGAGAAGCGGCUAUGAAGAUGGUGGCCGAGAGGGAGGCUAAGGAAUUGGCCAAGGGGGACGAGGAAGACGCUGCCUACACCUCGGCAGAUAUCCAGGACCUACCCCAGCCGCCGUACCAUUUCAGGACUCCGGGCGAGUUCGGCAACGACACGCUUUGCACCGAUCCCGCGUGGCACACAGCUCUUCUCGCCUUUAGGUGGCUCGGGUUGCCCUAUGAGGUUGAGCAUGAAGAUGACGAGGACGAGGCGAUGCUGGAGAUGGGGGACGAGGUCUACGACGACCCCGAGGAGCUCUUGGCGGGGCUGCCGGAGAGGGUGCUUCUUUCCGACUUCGUAGAGUCGUUGGAACCAGAGAAAAACGCCGUCGCAAAGCUGGAACCGGCGUGGACAAAACUGCACUUCAACAGGGCCGGGAAGACCGACCUAGACACGGAUGAGCGGAGACUCAACAACUGCCUCGAGAAGAUUGAGAACAUCCUUUCGAAGCACGGGCCGGCUCGGGGCCCGUUCUUGGAAGGAGACGACCUGACUGUCGGCGAUCUCCGCCUCGCCGUCACCACGUAUCACAUGCUGGCGGCCUUUGACAUCGAAAAGCAGUGGACGUUUCCGGAUAAGCUGGUGAAGCUCAAGGCCCACAUGGACCUCUUCCACGGAAUGCAGAUGUUCCACAUGGUCAUGCCUUCCCGUGAAGACUUGGCAAGAAAAUACGCCCUCUAGACACACGCGUGGAUCUAGCCCAAACAUAGUAGGCACACUCGCACGCAAAAUACAUGAAGGAGAGCAGACGAUGAGAUGGAAGGCGAAGCAUUGCCCAACACCCUUGGGGACGGUUGGUUAUUUUUGCCCCACCAGCCGUGUAUUUGUAUUUGUGUGUCUUGUUCAGUAGCAUCGACCGUGCUAACCGGCU